CUAAUUGUUGCUAUAUUGGACCAUCCACCGGUGUAGCUGGUCUAUUUUUAGUCGGGACUACAUCAGCUAUGACUGCAGACACUGAGAAGGGAAACCACCAGUGCUGCUGCUGUCUUCAUCCAAUCACUGACCCGACACUGAAGCAAAUCAAACAGCAACAAGAGAGGCUCGGUAAUGUAAUGCUCAAGAAGAGGCGAGGACAAGAAAAUUUUGCUUUUUAAGUGAUUUUUGUGCCUUUUGGAGAAAUAUUUUGGUAAUGAAGCCUGAUUUAAGUCAACUUCUACCGCAGGUGACCCCCAUCUGAGGCAAGGCAGGUGGUCUGCGUGCACCAAGAGAAAGAGAGAGAGAGGGAAAGAGCGCGCAGCAUACUGGUCGGGCUGCACACCAACAACCAUCAACCUGUGGAUAGUGCGCGCACGGUGCGCCAUCGCCACCCUCUCCUCCUCUGACUCCGAGCCCGACAUCCAUCAUCCAUGACCCGGGAGAGGGUGCCAGCGUUAUUCUCCAGAGGAGGAAAGCAGCCGAAAAGUUGAGGGGUCGUGUGCCAACCCUCCUCCUCCUCCCUACCCCCUCAGCUUCAUGAAUGGCAGGACCAUGGAGGAGAUGCCGUUCGACAGAGUUAAGACGCGGCGGAGGAAGGGUCGCUGCCCGCCCUGCGCGCCGCUGGGAGCCAUCACCUGCGAGGACGAGUUCAACAACCAGGAGCUGGAGGCUCUUUUCCAGAGCUACAACCUAAAGCUGGAGCAGACCGCCACCCUCAAGGCUUUGGCGGUGCUCAUCGUGGCCGCGUCGUCGCUGUCUCUGGUGGAGCUGUUGUCUAGCCCGCGGCUCACCUUGUCCAAGUGCUCCUACCCGGUGCACUGCGUGGUGUUCCUGUCCCUCUUCAUCGUCACCAACGUCAAAUACCUGCAGGUGACGCAGCUGCAGCAGAUCGCCAAGCUGGCGCUGCUCUUCAGCUUCACCUUCGCGCUGCUCUGCUGCCCGUUCCCGCUGGCGCUCGGUACGCCGGAAACGGCGAGCGCCGCAGCCCCGGAGCAAGGUGUGUGGCAGCUCAUGCUGGUCACCCUGGUGGCUUACGUGCUGCUGCCGGUGCGGACGCUGCUCGCCAUGCUGUUCGGGGUGAUGCUGGCUGCAUCCCACUUCAUUGUAAUAGCCACGUCCGUGACGGGGAGGAAGCAAAAACUGUGGAGACCGCUCGUGGCCAACGCGGUGCUCUUCACCAGCGUCAACCUGUCGGGGGUCUUUGUGAGGAUUCUUACCGAGCGCACUCAGAGGAAGGUCUUCCUGCAUGCUCGUAACUGUGUCGAGGAACGUUUACGGCUGGAGGACGAAAAUGAGAAGCAGGAACGUCUACUAAUGAGCCUGCUCCCCAGAAACGUUGCCAUGGAGAUGAAGGAGGACUUCCUGAAGCCACCUGAGAGGAUCUUCCACAAGAUCUACAUCCAGCGCCACGACAACGUCAGCAUCCUGUUUGCAGACAUUGUGGGAUUCACCAGCUUGGCUUCUCAGUGCACUGCUCAGGAACUGGUCAAGCUGCUCAAUGAACUCUUUGGGAAGUUUGAUGAACUGGCAACGGAGAAUCACUGCAGACGCAUAAAAAUUUUAGGGGACUGUUACUAUUGUGUGUCGGGACUAACGCAACCCAAGGCAGACCAUGCUCACUGCUGUGUGGAGAUGGGAUUGGAUAUGAUUGAUACGAUUGCGUCAGUGGUGGAAGCAACCGAGGUGGAUCUGAACAUGCGAGUUGGACUGCAUACAGGACGAGUUCUGUGUGGCGUGUUGGGGCUGAGGAAGUGGCAGUACGAUGUGUGGUCAAACGAUGUUACACUGGCAAAUGUGAUGGAGGCUGGUGGGCUACCUGGUAAGGUGCACAUCACAAGGACCACCCUGGAGUGUUUGAAUGGAGACUAUGAGGUGGAACCAGGGUUUGGCCAUGAAAGGCACGCCUUCCUGCACAAGCACCACAUCGAGACGUUCUUCAUCGUACCUUCGCACCGACGUAAAAUUUUUCCUGGUAUCAUCCUGUCAGACAUCAAACCAGCCAAGAGGAUGAAGUUUAAGACGGUGUGCUACCUGCUGGUCCAGCUGAUGCACUGUAGGAAAAUGUUUAAGGCUGAGAUCCCCUUCUCUAACGUCAUGACCUGCGAGGACGAUGACAAGCGGCGAGCCCUGAGGAACACAUCAGAGAAGCUGAAGAGUCGGACAUCCUUCUCAGCCACCACCGUGCAGCACUCCCCGGCCACACGUGUCAAUCGCUACAUUGGUCGGCUCAUUGAAGCGCGGCAGACCGAGUCCGGGACAUCGGAUCUGAACCACUUCACCCUGAUUUACACGAGCAGAGACAGGGAGCGCAGGUAUCACCAGGUGUAUGAUGACCAUUUCAUCAGCGCAGUGGUUCUCUCUCUGAUCCUGGGUGCCCUGUUUGGCCUUAUCUAUCUACUAAUGAUCCCACAGGGAAUGCUGGUGUUGCUGCUGCUGGUGCUGUGUGUGUGUUUCCACGUGGCCUGUGUGAUGUACCUGCAUCUCACUAGAGUUCAGUGCCAACCAGGAUGUCUGACUAUCCAGAUUCGAACAGUUCUCUGCAUAUUUCUGGUUCUGCUCACCUACUCAGUUACUCAGGCCUGUGUGGCGGGUUGUGUACCGUGGGGUAAAGUUGAAAGAAACUCUAGCCGUUUUGUGGAGGACAUCCCUGCGGACGGCCUUGGGGUUGAACCUGCCAACGGCACUGCAGUGGACAGGACCGCUCCCAGCAUGGCGUACGCCCUGCUGUCCUGCGUGGCAGGGACUCUCACUGUGGUCCCUUACCUCCGCGUUUCAUCGCUCCCUAAGAUUCUGCUGCUCCUCCUCCUCUCUGUUACCUACACCGCGGUCAUGGAAAGCAGUGGCUACCGUCAGGCUGUAGGUGGCGGCUUUCUGCACACUCGAGGCUACGAUCCCGUGUUGGCUGUCCUGCUGUUUUCUGGAGCUCUAGCUCUUCAUUCCAGGCAGCUGGAUCUGAAGCUGCGGCUCGACUAUCUUUGGGCAACUCAGGCAGAGGAGGAGAGGGACGACAUGGAUAAGGUGAAGCUGGACAACAAGAGGAUUCUGUUCAAUCUGCUGCCGGCUCACGUGGCUCAGCACUUCCUCAUGUCAAACCCUCGGAACAUGGAUCUUUACUAUCAGUCCUACGCACAAGUUGGUGUUCUGUUUGCCUCCAUCGCCAACUUCAAUGACUUCUACAUUGAACUGGAUGGGAACAACAUGGGAGUCGAGUGUCUGAGGCUGCUCAAUGAGAUCAUUGCGGACUUCGACGAGCUCAUGGAUAAAGAGUGCUACAGGGACAUUGAGAAAAUCAAGACCAUUGGCAGCACAUAUAUGGCUGCUGUGGGGCUGGUUCCUACAACUGCUUCCAAGACGAAAAAGUCCAUUACCUCACACUUAUGCACAGUGUCAGACUUUGCCAUUGAGAUGUUUGACGUUCUGGAUGCCAUCAACUACCAGUCCUACAAUGACUUUGUCUUGAGAGUAGGAAUCAACGUUGGCCCAGUGGUGGCAGGAGUUAUUGGAGCCCGGAGGCCUCAGUAUGAUAUCUGGGGAAACACAGUAAACGUAGCCAGCCGAAUGGACAGUACGGGAGUACAAGGAAAAAUACAGGUAACAGAGGACGUCUACCGCCUCAUUACCGACUAUUACAACUUUGUGUGUCGUGGUCAGGUCAGUGUGAAGGGCAAGGGUCAGAUGCUUACAUACUUCCUGGAAGGCCGCAAGAAAGGGAACAGGCCAUUUCAGAGCCAGCAGCGACAGCACAUCAAUAGCGAGUGCCGAUCGAGCGCCUUCAACCAUGGCAAUGUUUGCACCAGGAUAAGCCCCGCGUCCACAGUGACCAGCUACUCGAACAUCAGGACCCCUAGCCCAGGUGUUCCCAAACCAACCACCUCCACCAGCACCACCAGGUACCUGCCAUCUGCUUCAGCAGCAAUGGUGUGACGCAUGCUUUUCAAAGAGCUGUCCACUCUUUGUCAUAGUGUUUCUGGAGCACAGGAAGGCGGCGAUGCGGAUUCUCCAGCUGGAGGCCUGGACUUAAGUCUGUUUUUUCUAUGGGAAGGUCCGAUGCCUCGAUCGGACUCUCCCUCGAUGUUCGAGAAGGUUGUCUCAACCAGCAUAUGGGAUGCUUUAGCCACGUUGCUUUGUCAUCAACACAAGGCCAAGGAUGUCUCCGGGAUCUGCCCAAACCCUUUUCAACAACUAACUGUGUAGCAUGCAAGCAUCUCACAACAACUAACACCUAGAAAUUCCUUUAAACUGAGCAUUAUAUUAGAGUGUAUAUACCACAUCAGUGCUGUUGCCUUAGCAGCCACUCCUCACAAGUUUAUGGCUCUUUUUUGUUGCCUUUUAGUUCCUUAUUGAAUUGUUUUGGAAAAAAUAUAAAUUGUUACCAGGGUUAUUGCUGUUUGAGAGUAUUUUUAAAGCCAAAUGUUUGAUCAGUACAGGAAGGUAAUGGGAUAAUCUUGAAAAAAAAAAAAGGCAUUGCCUUAAGGCACUUACGGGUCGGGGAUGCAGUUCACCUUACCGAAAUCCUCUAAUGGCACACAGAGCGUUACUUUUUGUUAUUAAAUUCUUCAGUGCAUGAUGCCACCACUGCAUUUCAGUCACGCUUGCCGUCUGUUUCCCUGUGAUGCUUGACUUUCAAACUCUUCCUCGUCAAAGUGUAGCAAUAAAGCAGUUUGUCUCUUAUCUCAGCGCGUUCACUCUUUGCAUGCUGUAGCCUGCUGGGUUCUAAGUUGACCUGAUAGUGUUUGUAGCUAAUAGAGUGUGCAUAGCUAGCCACACCGGUCUUCAUCUCUGUGGAGUUAAAGCAUGAUUUGGAGAACUUUCGUUUCAAUUUGGUGUAAUUCCCUCUUUCUCUCUGAAUUCUGUUUAUAAAAUAAAUAAAACACAUUUUUCUGUUUAUGACAAUAUAAAUGCUCCUGUUGAAAUGUUCUAUUCUUCUAUUUUUAUUAAACUUAAAGCUGUUUCAGUAAAGAAAAGAAAAUGUGUGUGUUCAUGAGGAGACACCCAAACCUCUGGUUCUGGCUUCAUCAUGCAAACCCAGAUGAUUUAUUUUAUAGCAUAGCACUCGCAAUAUGGCGAACCACAGUCAUUAACUCUCCUCUAAUCAGUUUUAGCAUGCAAUGCCUGCAAGCCUGCGGCUCGUACAUGCAUGCUUUGAUGAAACACGGAUGCAGUCCAAGCAGCAGAAACGAGGAGGCUCUUUUUUAAUGUCAUCCUCAUGCAUGCGCUAAUGGUAGCGGUUCCUCUUGAAUGUAAGGUGCUUUAUCAACAUGUCUUCUUUAUGAGCUUGGUGUGUGAAUCUUAAUGAGGACGUAUUUCAGGAUAGAUAGACAUCAAGCUGAAGCAGGUCGGUUUGGGGGAGCCUUCUCCUCCUUCUAAGCCUCCUCCCUGCUCCUGCUGUAUUGAAACAGGUAGCUGUUUUUUUCAAACGUGCCAACCUAUUUUCAUAAACAUAUCAAACUUUUCGUGACGAGCUGUACCACAACUUGAUGUGUGUGGCUACAAUUCUCGUGGGAUCUUUUUGUGUUAAAUGCCUGUAUUUUUACUAUUUGAACUGGUCCUGAACCGUUUUUUUAACUAAAUACAAAGGCAAGUUUAGAUUUUGGAGCGUUUAAAUGACAGAAGUGUUGUACUUAUGUUUAACAUAGAUUAAAUAUCUAGGAUCUCAGAUGCUUUCUUUGAGCUUUGAAAUGAGGAUUUUUAUAAAGUUGCUUUAAAAGAGUUGAUGGAAAGUCAUCGGAAAUUACUUGUGCAUAGUAUUUUUCCUGUAAAUUGGAUAUUUUCAUACUAUAUGAUACGGGUUUUAGUUAUAUGUAGGUAUUACCUGCUAAUAUUGUCUAUAUCUGAGAUAUAUUAUGAAUUAUUUGAUAUUUGUCAGGUUUCUUUUGUUGAAGAUGUAUUUAUGGAGAUGUUUUAUGUGAAUGUACAUUUUGUUAAAGAUGAUAUUUUAUACUAAGUGUUUGCACUGCGAGAUUAUUGACGUAUUACAAAGAUCAUAAAAAUAAAGCCAGCAGGGUUGUGUCUCCUGCAGUAACAACGCACCUGUGCUC